CUUUAGGUGAAGUGUACACACUACUUACAGUACAGUACGCUGGAUUUUUUUUUAGACAUUUUACCAGUCAGACUUGUAAAGACAUGUAAACGUUCUUCUCGUAUACUUUUAUUGUUCGACUGCCGUCCUCUUUUGGAGGCGUUUAUGUCGAAAAACGGGAAAGUCGAGCACACGAAGCCACCCUGCGCGGUCUAGUCGUGUAUCUGUCACCAGGAUGGACGUGUCUCCUGGAUAGAAAACAGCCAUGACUUGUUGGACUUCUUGUUUGUCUGUCCUGGUGGGGACUUUGUUGUUGUUGCACCAGCAGGCCUACUCGGACUCUUCUGUCCUCUCCCACACAGGUGUGCGAGUGAAAAGAGGGUCCUUGAACGCCUCACUGGCUGUCACGUCUGAGAUAAACACCAACGACCAGUGUGACUAUGUGAUGAACAUCAGCGCUGCGGACCGCUGUGCAUUUGUGAAGAACACAUCAGACUGUAAACUGGGAGAUGGCUUCAUCAACUAUCUACAAGCAGUCUUCUGUUUGCUUCCACCUGACCUCUCACCCCUCACCGUCACGCUUUGUGUUAUAUGGCUGCUCUUUUUGUUCCUUGUCCUUGGCCUCAUGGCGUCUAAGUUUUUCUGUCCCAACCUGUCGGCCAUCUCCACCAGUCUGCACCUCACUCACAACGUCGCUGGCGUGACCUUUCUGGCUCUUGGUAACGGAGCUCCAGACAUCUUCAGUGCCAUAGCAGCCUUCUCCCGCCCUCACACUGCUGGACUGGCGGUCGGAGCGUUAUUCGGAGCUGGCAUAUUCGUCACCACCGUCGUCGCCGGCAGCGUGGCGCUCGUCAAACCUUUCGCUGUGGCCUCUCGUCCUUUUCUGCGAGACGUCAUCUUCUACAUGGUGGCCGUGUUCUGGACUUAUGUCAUCCUGUUCAGAGGAACCACCACGUUUGGAGAAACACUGGGGUACCUGGGCCUCUACGUGGUGUAUGUGGUGACAGUAAUCAUCAGUGCGUACAUCUACAACCGACAAAAGCGUUUGAUUAAUGGAAGGAUCGAAGGUGUUCCACAUAUUCAAGCCGAGUUUGAGUCGUCUGACUUGUAUGACGACGACGUUCCCUGCUUGCCAGCUGGGAUGCACCAACCGGAAUAUGAGUCUGAGUACAGACCCCUUCUGCAGUACACUCAGUCUACCAGCCAGAUCUUACUGAGCUCACUCAACCCAGUGGAUAACAGGAGGUGGAGGAGGGAAUCGUGGAAGUGGAGAGUCGUCAAAAUAUUGAAGACCCCUGUGGAGUUCUUGCUGCUGCUGUGCAUUCCUGUCGUUGAUCUUGAUAAAGAGGACAAGAACUGGAGACGCCCACUCAACUGUCUUCAUUUGGUCACUGCCCCCCUCGUGUGUGUGCUCGUCUUCCAGUCUGGACUAUUUGCACAUUAUCUGAUCGAAGGACAGUUUCCUGUGUGGCUGCUGACUUUUCUCCUGGGACUCUUCCUGUCUGCUAUUGUCUUCUGCAGCACCACCAAUGAGUGUCCCCCGAGGUACCACCCAAUCUUUUCUCUGGUGGGCUUCGUGGUGAGCGCGGUCCUGAUCAGUGCGGCGGCUUCAGAGGUGGUCAGUCUUCUGCACAUGCUGGGUGUGGUGCUGAGUCUCAGUAACACCGUGCUGGGGUUGACUCUCCUCGCUUGGGGAAACAGUAUUGGAGACUGUUUUUCAGACAUCACCAUUGCAAGACAAGGCUAUCCAAGGAUGGCGAUAUCAGCCUGCUUUGGAGGCAUCAUUUUCAACAUGCUGUUUGGAGUUGGCUUGGGCUGUCUGGUGCAGAUGAUGAAAACACACACAGACGUGCAGCUGGAACCGGAGGGAACGUUGACGUGGGUUCUGGCAGGAUCGCUGGGGUUGUCUCUGGUCUUUUCUUUCGUCGUCGUUCCACUGAGCCGCUUCCACUUGGGACGACCGUACGGCAUUGUCCUCCUCGUCUUCUACACCGUCUUCCUGGUGGUCGCGCUGCUCACCGAGUUCGGCUCCAUCUAAGACGGACACACUGUGACUUUCAAGCACUUAUUUUACCGCACUUGACUACUGCCAACAAGCUUGCUGGGUUUUUAUAUUCAUGGAGAAAAGCAGCUUUUGCUCAGGAAGGACUGAAGACUAGUGUGCCAAAAAUCUGAUAAACACUUUUUUAGAUGAAUAGGGGCAGAAUCAUACCUUUUGCUGUUCACUAAAUGUAAUGUGAAGCAGUCUGUGCCUUUUUACAUAUUGUUACACUGGUUUUUAAAUAUAAUUUUUGCAAAUUCUGUAAAUUACUGGUCAGAAACACACAUUUGAAGAGUUUAUUAAAAAGCAGCAGUUAUACAAAAUAGACCAUUUUGGAUUUGAGCUGCAAAAGGAGUGUGUCCAAACUAUUUGUUAUUAAUACUGAUCAGAAGAGCCACAGAACUAAGGCAUGAGGUUUAAAUAUAGGUACAACUAAAAAAAUCUGAAUAUCAUGCAAAAUUUGUCAAUUUCAGCAAUUAGAUUUAAAAAGUGAAACCAAUACAUGACAUAGGCUCAUAACUUGCAACUCAAUAUAUUUCAAGCUUUCUUUUGAUAUAAUUUUGAUGAUUAUGGCUUGCAGCUUAUGAAAACCUCAAAUUGCAAAAACUGUAAGCCACGAUGAUCAAAAUGAUAAAUAAAAGGCUGGACAUACUGUAUCUCCCUUUGCAUGUUUUGCAGUUUGCAGUUGAUAUCCCAUAUUAGUUUCACAUUUGAAGUUGAAUUGCUGAAAUAAUGGAACUUUUGCACGAUAUUCCUAUGUGGCGUUUCACCUGUACAACAUUUACUGACUACAGUUAAGGCGCUGUGAAGUAUAACAAUAAUAUAAUUUAAUACAGUACAAAGACAAAUUGAUUUGUUUUUAGUAAAUAUACAAAACCUAUUUGGACGCCAUGUCUAAAAAGGAGUAACCUUUGACCCCGAAG